AAAAUACGUCACACAACAUGAACACUGUCGCAGUGCAACGAUUAAUUUGGAAACACUGUAUCUGGCAGUACUACCGCCGGGUUCAAUCGACUUGUAGCUUGUCUCCGUUGACCACAGUUUAGUGCAUUAAUGACGUGUCCUGUAGCUCACACAGUGGAGCUGAAUCCAGCUCUGCUCCCUCUAGACUGGCUGCUGGGCACCUGGGAGUCAGAUGAACCUGGGGAGGGCUGUUUUCCCAGCAUAAAACCUUUCCACUAUAUAGAGACUCUGAACUUCAGUCACGUGGGACAACCAAUCAUCAACUUCAUGUUCAGUGCCUUCAACGCAGAGACCAAGAGGCCUCUGCAUCGGGAGAGUGGCUUCAUUCGAAUGCAGCCAGGAACCAACAAGGUGGCAUUCAUCAUCGCACAGAACUCAGGUCUGGUGGAGAUUGAGGAGGGAGAGCUGACAGCACAGCAGCUGAACCUGCAGAGCCAGGCCUUAGCCAGAAUUUCUUUUGCCAGGGAGCCGCAUGUACAGCAGAUUUCUCGAGUGUUUCAGCUCAGACCAGAUGGGAGGCUGGAGCAGACAGUUUCCAUGGCAACCGACAACCAGCCACUGAUGCAGCACUUGCACAUCACCUACCGUCGCUCGUCUUCUUGACUCAUCAGGUCCUCUCAUAUAGAAAUAAUUUCAUCAAGAGAGAAUAAGUGUGCUGGAAAGCUAUUAUCCAAAACAGUCACUGUUGAUAUAAAUAAUAAUAUAAUCAAUCAAAGUUUUAAAAAAGUGUUAUGACUCCUGCCUUGUGUGGACAGUGAGUCCCCUGUUAAUUAUAGAAACAUCAACUCAAAUGUUACCACCAGGUAAAUCUUUAAUGCCACUAUAUUAGAGUAGUUUUGCAAAGUUGUUAAGGCAGUACAGAGAAGGAGAUGAGUUAAUCUUGCUGUUUAAUGGUUCUGACAUCCACAUGUAAGGUAAUUCAAGUACUAUAUAUUUAAGAUUUGUCUCAAGCAGCUAGCACUCUUCUUUUUUCCUGUCUUUGCUGUAUAUUUGACCUGAUAUCAAUGCCAGAAAAAGCAGCUCUAUUGUACUACCAGAUGUCUGAAACGCCACAUGGAGUCUUAUGUUGAAGAUGAUGCAUUGAAUUUGUGUUUACAUUGAGUUGAUCUACUUAAUAGCAAUAAUUGAGAACUGCUUGUGCAAUGUUAAUAUUCCUUAUACAAACAUGUAAUCCUGGGGCUAUAAAGCUUAUUAAGCACUGAUAAAUAAUGUACUCAUACCAAUCUUUGCACUACUAUAAGAUUGGAAGUAAAAAUAAAUGCUGUGUUUCUGAAGCCAAGGAAGGGUUUUUAGUGUAAGAUGUAAUGAAUCACUAAGAGAUAAAGUUAUCCUUGUUGUUACUGUGAUUAUGUUUAUAAUUAAAGGCAGUAAAAAACAA